CCGGAAGAAGCUUCCGAGUCCUCCGAGGUGGGGAGUCAGUCCUCCAGGGCAGAAGGAGCAGGGCCUCAGGCCGGGAGGCGGCCCCACCAGUUCUCCCAGUCCUCCCACUUUGAAUGUCAUCAGAGGGAAGAGGUGGAAAUAUCUGCACCCAGUUUGGAGGCAGCCUAGAAGUACAGAGCAAAGAUGGAAGGGCCAGAGCCAGCUGUCACCCAGUUAGAAUUAUUUUCUUCCGCUGUUAAGGGAGAGAACAAUAGAGCACUCUGGGAGGACCCUUGGAGGAAAGACCAGGAGAGCAAUUUGCUCCAUUCAGAUCUUCAGUGCCAGCGCUUCCGGCAUUUUUGUUAUGAGGAGACAUUGGGGCCCCGAGAGGUUUGCAGCCGCCUCCACUCUCUCUGCCGCCUGUGGCUGAAGCCCGAGCGACACUCCAAGGCGGAGAUGCUGGACCUGGUGAUCCUGGAGCAGUUCCUGGCCAUUCUUCCUGCAGAGAUGGAGCGCUGGGUGAGGGAAUGUGGGGCAGAGACCAGUUCCCAGGCCGUGGCCUUGGCUGAAGGAUUCCUCCUGAGUCUGGAAGAGAAGAGGAAGCCGGAGAAGCCCCAGGUGGAGGACUCUUUUCCAGAUGAGACCAGUCAGGUGGAGGAUUCAGACAUUUGGGUCGUCCAGAUUGGAGAAGACGGAGAAUAUAUUGUAGAUGACAAUGAAACAUGGCCAAGUGACAGUAGCACACCUUUUCAUGACUCUUUCCUAAGAAGACAUUCUUUGGGACCAGAUCAGGUGACUUUUGAAGACGUGUCUGUGGAUUUCUCAGAGGAGGAGUGGGCCCUCUUGGAUCCAAGCCAAAAAGUCUUGCACCAACAAGUCAUGGAAGAGAAUUUAGGGAUCGUCUCAUCUCUGGGUAAAGCUCCAUUCUGCUUGUGGUUAACCAAAUCAGUUUACAAGUUCUAA